AUGGGCUUCCGCUGGAUUGUAGUCAUGCUUCACUUUGCAAUGGGAUCAAUCUCAAAUGACACCGUCGACUUCGUGGUGACGAAAAUUGCUGCCGUGCACGGAGUAACGGAGGAACACUUGGGUGUAAAGAUAAAAGCAUAUCUUGGCGUCCCCUACGCCGAGGCUCCCCUAGAGGACCUUCGUUUCCGAAAACCUGUUCCAGUGAAACAGAAGGACAGGAUGAUUCUGGCCACCCGUAUGAAGGAUUCCUGCAUGCAGCAGAGCAAUGGUCUGGAGCAGUUGCCGUGGCUUAGCGUGGAAGGUUCCAAGUCAGAAAACUGCUUGUACCUCAACAUUUGGACUCCGCAGUGCGCAAACGUCAGCUGUCCUCUGAGACCUGUCUUGUUCUGGAUUCAUGCCGGUGCAUUCCGUGGAGGCUCAGCCAGUAUGGACAUUUACAACGGUGGCAUGCUCGCAGCCUACGGAGAUGUAGUGACGGUCACCUUUAACUACCGACUUGGUGCGUUUGGAUUCCUCAGUUUGAACGAUUCGGAAGUUCCCGGAAAUAUGGGACUCUACGACCAACAAAUGGCGCUGAAAUGGAUCUACGAGAAUAUUCGGUAUUUCGGAGGGAAUCCGAAGCAAAUCACAAUUUUUGGACAUGACGCCGGUGCGUUGUCGGUUGGACUGCAUUUGACCUCGCCAAUGAGCCGAAAGUUCAUUCGCAGAGCCGCGCUACUUGGAGGUGCUCCGAACUGGCUCGUUGAUCCAUUGGACCACACUGCUGGUUUCAAGAAGGGUUUGAUGCUUAGCAAAGCGGUACAGUGUAGUGACGUAUCCAACUCAGUUUCCAGUGACGCGCAAAUGAUUAGCAAAUGCCUAAAGGAAGCAGAUGCGAUGACCAUAGUCAACGCAGAAAGUGAAGUUUUCAGCGGAAGCUACUACACCUUCUGGCCACGGGACAAGGACGAGCUUGUCCCAAUGGACCCGGUACUUGCUGUAGCUAAGGGACAUGUGCUGCCCGUUGAUGUUUUUGUAGGAGUUGCUGCUAAUGAAGGAUUCGCGCAGUCGCUAGCACUUCAGCGACGCAUCUUUGAUCCCCAAGACGGGCGGAAGCCAACCCGAGAAGAAGGCAUUCAGAUACUGAAUGAUGCACUCUACCUGUUUAGCCCAAAGUCUCGAGAACGAAUCAUUGAUUUUUAUUUCGAAAACAAUACUGAUGUUGACGGAGACGACGUCAGGAACUCCCUAGCGUUGGCGUUUGGAGAUAUUUUCGUCAACUGCCCGGUGACGUUCCUCGCUGAGUCAUUUGGAGACAGGCCCAUGAACGCCUAUUAUUACGUGCUGACACACAGGCCAUCGUUCAGCAAAUGGCCGGAAUGGUACGGAGUCACACAUUUCGACGACGUUACCUUCCUGUUUGGAAUGCCACUGCGAUAUCCAGACAUGUAUUCGGCGAAUGAUGCGACCAUAAGCAGGGUGCUCAUGAAUGCCAUAACUUCCUUUGCUACGUCCGGGAGACCUUCACCAAUGGAAGGAAUGCUGUGGCCAAAGUUCACGUCCAGGUCCCCGGAAUAUUUAGAGCUGAAUCCCAAAGGAAUAACAUUGAGAAGUAAUCCUUUCAAGCGCUGUGAUUUCUGGCGCACUUUCUACCCUAAGAUAGCUUAG